GAUUCCUCAAUAUCAAUCACCUAUCUUUACAAAAUCUUUAAGACAAAAAUAAGUGUAGAAACAAAAUGGAAGAAAAUAAGAGAAACUUAUUAGAUGAAGAAGCUAAAGCUUCGCUAGACAUAUGGAGAUAUCUCUUUGGGUUUGCAGAUAUGGCUGCUGCGAAGUGUGCAAUUGAUCUUAAAGUACCAGAAGCCCUUGAAAACCAUCCUUCCUCCCGGCCGAUGACCCUAGCUGAACUCUCUUCCGCCACCUCCGCCUCUCCGUCACACCUCCACCGUAUAAUGAGGUUUCUUGUGUACCAGGGAGUCUUCAAAGAAGUCUCCACAAAAGAUGGUCUUGCCACAGGCUACACUAACACGCCACUCUCACGCCGUAUGAUGAUAACUAAACGUGACGGCAAGUCGCUGGCUCCUUUGCUUCUCCUCGAGACAAGUCCAGAGAUGCUCGCUCCAUGGUUGAAAUUGAGCUCAGUUGUCUCUUCGCCGGUUAACGGUCCGGUUCCGCCUUUUGAUGCGGUGCAUGGUAAGGACUUGUGGUCGUUCGCAAAGGACCAUCCGCGCCACAGCGAACUACUCAAUGAAGCCAUGGCUUGUGAUGCAAGGCGUGUGGUGCCACGUGUAGCCGGUGCCUGUCAGGGUUUAUUUGACGGCGUGGCUACGGUGGUGGACGUUGGAGGCGGUACCGGAGAGACGAUUGGGAUAUUGGUUAAGGAGUUUCCUGGGAUCAAAGGAAUUAACUUUGAUCUUCCUCAUGUUGUUGAAGUUGUUCAAGCAAUGGAUAAUGUUGACAAUGUUGGAGGAGAUAUGUUUGAUUCUAUUCCUUCAUGCGACGCUGUUUUCAUCAAGUGGGUGUUACACGAUUGGGGAGACAAAGACUGCAUAAAAAUAUUGAAGAAUUGUAAAAAAGCGCUCCCACCAAAGACUGGAAAAGUGUUAAUAGUGGAAUCCGUGGUCGGAGAAAAGAAAAAAACGAUGAUAAUGGAAGAAAGAGAUGAGAAAUUAGAGUAUGUGAAAUUGGCGCUUGAUAUGGUGAUGAUGGUUCACACAAGCACAGGCAAAGAAAGGACUUUAAAAGAGUGGGACUUUGUCAUUAAAGAAGCUGGUUUUGCUCGCUAUGAGGUUAGGGACAUCGAUGAUGUUCAGAGUGUUAUCAUUGCGUAUCGCUCUUAGAAGAUGGAGAUAAAGGGUCAAAUGGAAGCUGAGGAAGAGCUCGAAAUAAAAAAAAAGCAUUUGAGAAAUCUCAAGGUGUAUUUGUGUAAUUUGGCAGUAGUGUGCCAUUGUGUUUGUGUGAAAACGUUUUUUUCUGCAAGAUUGUUUCAUGGUUUGUUUUACCAGUCGUGUUGUGUUAAUGUAUUGUAUUGUGUAUUUUCACAUAUUUUUUCUAUAUGUCUAGUUGAUUGUUGGUGGCA